UAUGGUGAUUAACAAUUUUAGGUUAAAACUAAAAAAUACAGAUAGAUAAUAAUACAUAAUUUUUUAAAAACUAGGUGGUAAAUACUAGGAACGAUUCAAAAAUAGGCGCUAUUAAUAUUAGAAAAAUUUACUCUAAGUUGGUGCAUUGAUUCAGAAUGCCUUCUACUCAACAAAUUUCACCCGUUGAAGAACAAGAGAAAUUACUAGAUGAAGCACUUGGUGUAGUUAAAGUUCAAGCUUUCCAAAUGAAAAGAUGUUUAGAUAAAAUGAAGCUUAUGGAUGCUCUGAAACAUGCUAGUGCUAUGUUAACAGAACUAAGAACUUCUCUGUUGUCUCCUAAAAGCUACUAUGAACUUUAUAUGGCAAUCACAGAUGAAUUGCGGCACAUGGAGUUAUAUCUUUUGGAUGAGUUUCAAAAAGGCCGGAAAGUCACUGAUUUGUAUGAGUUGGUACAAUAUGCUGGUAAUAUUGUUCCUCGAUUGUAUCUUCUUAUAACUGUUGGAAUAGUUUAUAUAAAGUCAAAUCCACAACUGAAACGUGAUAUUUUAAAGGAUUUGGUGGAAAUGUGCAGAGGGGUACAACAUCCCUUGCGAGGACUAUUUUUAAGGAACUAUCUGCUUCAGUGUACAAGAAAUGUACUUCCAGAUGUACCUGAGGAAGAAUCCAACUUAGCUGAAGGAAAUGUUCGAGACUCUAUAGAUUUUGUUUUGAUGAAUUUUGCAGAAAUGAACAAACUUUGGGUUCGAAUGCAACACCAGGGACACUCCAGAGAAAGACAACACAGAGAGAAAGAACGUGAAGAAUUAAGAAUAUUAGUUGGUACAAAUUUGGUCAGACUGAGUCAGCUUGAGUCAGUUAAUUUGGAAAAGUAUCAAAAAAUUGUGUUACCAGGAAUUUUAGAACAGGUGAAUGAUGAGGAUACCGUGGAUANAGGCAUGAAGGUCUAG